CGGCACCGAGCGAGCGUCACAAACGCAAUUUUCAGUUGGUCCCUCUCGGCGCUUGUCCCGUUCUCUACGAGCUUUAUCCGUAACCCACCGCGCGUGUGUCUAUGUGCCUGUUUCACGUGCGUCCAUGUGUCUGUGUCACUUUGUGCGCGUGUCUGUUCUAUGCAACAGCGGAUAUUAGCCUAAAUUGCUCAUUUCGCGCACACGCGUAUGCAUUUGUUUACCAAGUAAAAUGAGUUAAAUUGUGACCGGGGAAGAAACUAGUUGGCCCUGCGAAUUUUGGAUAAAGUGCACACUCACGAAUCGAAGAUAAAUCACGAAUUCGAAACCCAGCACGACUAGUUCUCGGCUUGUUUAUUUAUAUUUUUCUUUUCAAUUUUGAGCGAGAGCGAUUCAAGAACAAAAGUGCAAAGUGAGCUUCGUUUACUCUCGUUAUCCUUUAAACGUUUCUUUUCUCGGUUUUUAUUUCUAUUUUUGUGAAAAAAUCACGAAACAAGUGCUCUUCCAAAGUCCAACAACGCGAAGACGAUCUCGAAGCUUAUUCAAACGGAAAAUACCCUGGAAAAAUGCAUCUACCCGAGGGACCACUUGGCAUGGACAACUUCAGCGCCAUUCACGAUACCCUCAGCGCCUGCCACGGCGAUCUCGUGCAGACCGGAAGUCCUGCUAUACUUUGUACCGCAUUACCUUCGCACUGGAGAUCCAACAAAUCCCUGCCAAUCGCGUUCAAAGUUGUCGCACUCGAUGACGUUAGCGACGGCACUCUCGUCACUAUUCGCGCCGGCAACGACGAAAAUUGCUGCGGCGAAUUGAGAAAUUGUACUGCUGUGAUGAAAAAUCAAGUUGCCAAAUUCAACGAUCUGAGGUUCGUCGGACGCAGUGGGAGAGGCAAAUCGUUCUCACUUACGAUACAAAUUAGCACAAUUCCCUUUCAAGUCGCGACGUACACGAAAGCAAUCAAAGUUACCGUCGACGGACCUCGAGAACCACGCUCCAAGUCGAAUUAUCAAUAUGGACCUGGAUUCCCGGGACUGGGGCUUCUGAAUCCGUGGUUGGAUGCGGCGUAUCUUGGGCACGCGUGGCAUUUGCCUCACCCUGCAUUAGUCAAAGGAACGAUGCCAAUGCCACCUAGCGAUUUAUUCACGCCGCAAUUUACCCCAACGGUGCUUCCAUCCGCGUACUCGUUCGGCGACCAUCACGCGCGAUUCACAGCGUCGGAGUAUGCAGGAGUAGGGAAAAGCACGGAAACGAACAGCAAUGGCGGCCCAGCGAUACCGAACAGUCCAUCAAGAACGCCGCCUCGGAGUCCGAGCGAGAGCGGAAGUGAUUCGACCCCGGAAGAGAUCCGGAGCGCCUUCGUCCCGAUAAAACUGAACACACUUCCGGCAAACGGGGCGCCGGUUAAUCCGUCUUCUUCCUCGCCCGAACGAACGAUACCGCGGAAGCCGACGUCAGGAAUAAAGUGCGAACUCAAGGCACCGACGUCCCUCAUAUCGCAAAGACACACCAACGAAAUCACGAACACGCCGAAGAGGAGUCCGACGACGACGACGACGACGACUAAAAUAUCAUCGACACCUGCCGCAAAACCCGUAUGGAGGCCUUAUUGAACCAAAACCAAAAAAAACCAACUACUUUUAAUUCAAUUGAGAAUUAAGUCAAUCAAAUACCAAAUCAACUAGAAAACGAAGAAAAAUGAAGAAACUUACAAAACCUCAAGCACCCAAAUUUCUAAUGACGAAGCUGAAGAAACUCCCGCUUAAAGGCUAGUGACUUUAUGUGUACGCGCGAGCUGCGGAAGCUAAUAGAGGCUCGGAAUAACCUUCCUAGUGUCGAUUACUAAGCGUUACACAUUCCGCGCCCCCAUCCGACAAAAACCAAUUUCUCCGAUAUUUCCUUUCCCACUUGGAAACCGUUGCUCACUCCUUCCUCUCGACCACUUUUUUCCAUCCUCCAUCUCUCCUUCUCGGUUAUGAAAAAUCGUCCAGUAUCGAUAUCACCGAUAGUGAGAAGGGGCGAAAAAAAAUGAAGAAGCGAAUGAUCGUUGUUGAUGGAGCUUGAAAUAAAUGCCACGGGAAACAACGCAAUUUACAUGCCCGAUACCUCAGCAACGGAAUGGGGUUCAGGUCACGUCUGCAGGGCUGUUUCGUCGCUCGUCCACCGAGUUCUUCAAACUUGUAAAUACUUUCGGUAACUAAAAUCCCGUGUAUAAAAAAAUUGUACAUACGAAAUCGAGCGUCUAACGAAGGGGAAAAUCCAUAGAUUCGACUUUCAGUGUAAAUCUUGUACAUAAACGAAUAUUUAUCGGUGGGACAAUAAUUUUUAGCGACGAUACAAUGUAUUUCAUUAUCACUAUUAUCAUUACCAUUACCAUUAUUAUUAUUAUUGUCAUUAUUAUUGUCAUAAUGAAAUAGGGAAGAAUAAGAGGGGAAGGAAACUCACGAGUAGGGAUACACAAACAAUAAUAAUUUGAGAAACAAAAAUAGUUGAUCGACGAGCCGGAGAGCAAGAGACUGGUACGAAUGAGCGAACGAUUGAGAGAUUACGUUGUGUUAUUGUUGUACAUAUGUGGAAAUUAUCAUGAGAGAUAUCGCAAUUAUUUAAUAUCAGAGAUUUAAUUUAAUGUAUAAAGAGAUGAGUAUAUGUAAUAUAAAGGCGAUGAUGAGAAGAAACGAGAUAAUAAAAAACAAAUGAAAAAUCUAU